AUGACCAACGAAAAGCCAAAGGAAGGAGUCAAGACCGAAAACAAUGACCACAUUAAUUUGAAGGUGGCAGGGCAAGAUAGCUUGGUGGUGCAAUUUAAGAUUAAGAGGCACACACCACUUAGUAAACUAAUGAAAGCCUGCUGUGAACAACAGAAUUUGUCAAUGAGGCAGAUCAGAUUCCUAUUUGAUGGGCAACCAACCAAUGAAACAGACACACCUGCACAGUUGGAAAUGGAGGAUGAAGUUACAAUUGAUGUAUUCCAACAGCAGACAGGAGAUACAUACUAA